UCUUAGUCAUCCUCUUGUUGUUUGAGAGUGUCCAUGCUUUCUCAACCUCUAUGUAUCAUUUUCCUUCCCAUUUCUGAUAUCUUUUUUCUAAUUAUCAUCUCAAAAGGCUAAUUCUUGUGGAAAAGAUUCACCUUUUCCAGUAAUUCUUGGAAGGUCUGAGGUUUGCACAAGAUUAUCUGUAAAUGGGUUCAGAAGGGCCUCAAGUUGUGACAGUCCAUGUUACCGGGUUUAAGAAAUUCCAUGGUGUCUCAGACAACCCAACCGAAAUAAUUGUCCGAAAUCUGAAAGAGUAUAUGGAGAAGAAGGGUUUACCCAAAGGCCUUGUGCUUGGGAGCUGCAAUGUUCUUGAGACCGCCGGAGAAGGAGCACUUACAACUCUUUAUGAAAUUCUUGAAGCUGCAAUUACAAGCCAAGACAAUGAACCUUCGGGUUCAAGACAAGUUAUUUGGCUUCAUUUUGGAGUAAAUAGUGGUUCAAAAAGAUUCGCCAUUGAGAGUCAAGCUGUCAAUGAAGCCACAUUUCGAUGUGAGGAUGAACUAGGAUGGAAACCACAGAAAAUCCCAAUCAUCCCUUCCGACGGAGAUAUUUCGCAAACUCGAAAGACCGUUCUUCCUGUGAAUGACAUUGUCAAGGAUUCGGCUGCAAUGGGGUACGAUGUGGCACGUUCGGAUGAUGCUGGUCGAUUUGUAUGUAACUAUGUGUACUAUCAUUCUCUCCGUUUCGCAGAACAACAAAGGAUCAAGUCUCUUUUUGUACAUGUUCCCCUCUUCUAUACAAUCAAUGAGGAAACACAGCUGAAGUUUGCUGCCUCCCUCUUGGAGAUUCUUGCUUCCUUGCAUUAGAACUUGUCUUUGUGUAUGAGUUUUUUUAAAAACUGGUGUGUGUUUUGGGAAGUGUAGUCAGUGCAUGGUGCAAGCAAAGGCACCAAAGAAAUGAAAACAGAAAACUGGUUAAAUUAUUGAACCUAUGAUCUAUCUUCCUGUAUGUUCAGACUUAAGGCGAAUAAACGAAUGUAUUGCUUUAAUAA